AUGCCUCGCCGAUAUGGAGGAAUGGGCACGAUGUUCGAGCUGGCUCGUCUUCUGCAGGUCUGCUCACUUAUUGCCAUAAUUGGAAUGGUGGCCAAGUUCAUCAGUCUGAUGGAUGGAGAGAAUACAAAGCCACCCAGCAUGAUAGUAGGAGUGAUGAGUGUGGCAUGCAUCGUAUGCUUCUACUGCCUCGCCACAGUCAUUUUAUAUUUCCACGAUUCACUUCCGUCUAUCAUCUGUACAUUGCUCGACCUCCUCAUGCUAGCGGGACUGGCCGUCGUAGCUGUGGAAAUGGCCAGGCCACUCUGGCUCACCUCAUGCGAGGCCCUGAGCACGCUAAACGAUGGCGAAGCCAUCAAAUACGCCUUCUCCAUCCAUGCCGGUAACUAUACCGUCAGCGUCAGCGGCGGCAUCAACUACAAGGUGUGGAUCACCGCAUCCAAGAGUAUCUGCUAUGAGACCAAGGCUAUCUGGGGAAUCAUCAUCGCCCUCUGUAUAUUCUUCCUCAUUACGACCGUUACCAGCUUCUUCUUGUGGCGCAAGAAGAAGCAGUUUCGCAUGCUGUACGGCAAAAACGAGAAAUACCUGGUUGAGAUGGACAUCCGCGAUUAUGGACGACGCCGAUACUAG